ACACUGUAAAAUGAGGAUCUUGGAUGCAUUAACUUGCCACUCAUGAAACCCUGCCAUGUUUCCCGAACAAUCAGAAAUCUUCGAAAAGAAAUUAGCAUUGUGUGUGGGGAAUUUAUUUGAUCGAGUUAAUAGUCAUUUUCGUCCCUAAAAGAUACCUCGAUCUUCAUUUUCGUCCCCGAAAGUCAAAAUUAAUCAAAAGCCUCCUCGAAAGAUACCUGACUUGAUCACGUUCGUCCUUCCGUUAUCUCCGCAGUUGAGAUGGCAAACGUCCGCUUACGUGGCCCGUUAACUGCCAAGGUGGCAAAGAACCAAAACGACGUCGUUUUGGUAGAAUGCCUACUGGCGUUGAAACGUCGCCGUUUUAUCUUCAAAAGGGGGUAAGUUUCCGAAUUUCGAUCACAAACAACUAUUCAUCAAUGGAUUCUUUCUCCCAAAAACCUAAACCCAGAAACUCUCACUACCCAGAAGUAAUUGAUUCCAACCUCGAAGCCAAUUCGUCCUUCCAAAAACCUAAUCAUCAACAGCAGAGUUCUCUCUAUCCUUCCCUUGACGUUGAUGACCUCAGCGACCUUGUCCAAACCCUAUUUCCCCGAAAUGACACCAGAAGCAGCGAUGGCAGUGUUCAUUCGCCGUCUGCUCCACCGGCCGCUACCGAGGAGGUCUUCAUCAGGAUCCCCGGCGCCAUCCUCAACCUCGUCGACACCCACUACAGCGUCGAGCUCGCUUCCGGCGACUUCUCCAUCAUCCGCCUCCGGCAGGGUGACAGCGCCGUCGCCGUUGACGCCUGCGUUGCCGACAAGAUCCAAUGGCCCCUCGCCAAGGACGAAACUGCCGUCAAGGUCGACGACUUUCACUACUUUUUCUCCUUCCGACCUCCCAAGGGCUCCGAAUCCAAUUCCGAUUCCGACGAAGAAGAUCAGCGUAGCCGCGGGUAAGAUAAGAACGGUUCCGAUCUGCUGAGCUAUGGGUUGACGAUUGCGUCAAAGGGGCAAUAGGGUUCCACUUCCCCAUUCUUCUGCUACUCUCUCUUCAUCUUUCUCUCUUUCCACCUCUCACUCUUCACUCUUCAAAUCCAGGUACCCCCUUUUUCUAUUUCUUUACAUGUUUUUGCAUAUCAAUAAACUUGGUACCCCAAUUUGUUGGGAAAAAAGGGAAGAAUUUUUAGUGCCAACAACCCAACAAAAUCUUUCUAAAUGCCCUUUUCUUCUGCUUUGUUUUGCUGAAUAUUUAAACCAUGAGGGGUUGGUUCGUUUUGCAUUUUAACACUGUAACAUUAAGUGAUGAGAGAUUUUGUGGUUUUAAUAGGGUGAGUUUACAGUUGGGAAAGUUGCCUAGUUUCCGUUUGGUGCAAAAUGGUGUCACACCAAGGGCGUAUUAUGUCUUCACUCUCAGCAGCUGAAACUUCUCAGAAGAGUGAAAGUUCAAAAGCUUAUGGUUCUGAUCAAAUUCAGGUACUUGAAGGCUUGGAUCCUGUUAAGAAAAGACCUGGAAUGUAUAUUGGAAGCAUUGGCCCGCGUGGGUUGCAUCAUAGUUUUGUGGUGUAUUUUAUUUGACUGAACCAGAGUGCAUCUUAGGUUUAUGAAAUUUUGGAUAAUACUAAUUUUGCUGUACAUAGUAUACUGAUUUUGCUUUCUAUAUUAAUCAAGAACUAUGCUAUGAUAUUGUGCAUAUGGAAUUACUAAAAUUU